AUACGUGGUUCACGACUGUAACGUGAACGUAACAAUAUUAUAGACUGACACUAACUCUUACGUGUAAUUACAUAUAAGCAAGACAAAGCUUAAAAGUGAUUUCAUUAUCGUCUUAUUAUUAUAUGCAAAAUUAUGUUAAUAUUGAGAAAGAAAUAUUGAAAAAUCAUUGUUCAAAGGCACUACUAUGCGACGUAUCUUCCUAAACGCGCGAAUUUUAAUCGCUACAAUUGGUCAACUUUAAUCGCUUAUAAUUUGAAAAGUAUUAGUCUCGAUAUUGGGAUUUUUGUCUUAUAUUAUUCUAAAGAAUCAUAUAAGAAAGCUUCAAUAACUUUGGGACACCCGUAUAGUGUUGUGAAAGUAAUGGGUAACAGGCAAACGUAGGCAAGAGCGUAAGUUAAGAUAACGGAAAAUGGAAAAGAGUGGGGGUAUGGUACAUCAUGAUCAUGAUGAAGUACGAGUCGAGUUAAAACCGUUAAAACACCACGCAGCAUUACGUUCGAAAGCGCUAUUGGAUCCACACAACCAGGAAUAUAACGAUCUGUCGUUCAUUUGAUUAAAGGUGCCGACACCGAAAGUGAACUUAUUGUUCCUUUUUAUAUUGUGAUUUGAAGCGUGCAGUCUGCAGUUGCUUUAUCGUUACAAGACACACUGAUCAUGGUUCAAGAAAUGUCAAGUGUAUCUCUACCAACAGGGCAGAAAAUGCCAAUUUUGGGGUUUGGAACUUGGAAUGCAAAGGAUGAGGAGCUGGAAGUAGCUCUAAACGCGGCUUUGGAAGCUGGAUACAGGCACAUCGAUACAGCAACGGUAUAUGAAAACGAACAUGUUAUUGGCAAAGUUCUAAAAAAAUGGUUAGAUUCUGGCAAAAUCAAGCGAUCCGAUCUAUUUAUUGUUACCAAGUUGCCAGCGUGUGGUAACAGACCUGAAGACGUAGAAAAGUGGCUCCAGAAAUCACUUUCUAAUUUGCAACUGGAUUAUCUGGACUUAUAUUUAGUACAUGUACCAUUUGCAUUCGCAAAAGUUGAAGAAAAUUUACUUCCCAUGAAUGAAAAAGGAGAAAUUAUGAUUGAUCCAAAUACAGAUCAUUUGGCAAUUUGGUCAACAAUGGAGAAGCAGGUGUUAGAAGGACGUACGAAAGCGAUUGGAUUAUCCAAUUUCAAUAUCAAUCAAAUUAAAAGAAUUUUAAAUAAAGCCAAAUUGCCCGUUUCAAAUUUGCAAAUCGAAUUGCACGUAUAUUUUCAGCAGAAAGAAUUGGUGAAAUUUUGUCAAGAUAAUGACAUCAGCGUAACGGCGUAUAGUCCUUUGGGUACUCGUGGAUUUAUCGAAAAAAUAGGAAGGGGAGAUGCUGUACCAAAUUUAUUACAAAAUCCAACUGUGCUAGAAAUUGCACAAAAAUAUAAAAAAACUGCUGCUCAAAUAUUACUCAAGUAUAACAUUCAAAAAAAUAUUAUAACCAUACCGAAAAGUAGCAAUCCAUUGAGAAUUAAAGAGAAUUUUGAAUUAUUUGAUUGGAACCUCGAGGCUGAAGAUGUCGACAAGUUAAAUGCUCUCGACAAAGGGAAAUCUGGACGCAUAUGUGAUUUCACAAAAUUUUUCGUAGGUGUUUCGGAGCAUCCAGAAUUUCCUUACUAAAAAUAAGAUCACGCCUCAACUCUCUUAUAUGCCAUAUCUAUUUUUUUUGUUUCUCGCUAUGAUGAUUUAAAGAUUGCUUUCUUUAUUUAAAACCUUAUCGUAUGUUAUAACCGAUGCUAUCUUUACAUAAUUUCUAAUUAAGCAUACAGCUUAAGAAUAAACUCAAUGGAGUUAAUUACGUAUAUUAAGUACUUCCCGUUAUAUUCAACUUAAAGUAAAUAUUUCAAGUGUAAUUUUACAAUUUCCAUAAAACAUUAAAAAUAAAGAUUAAUUUCAACAAGCA